CGCCCCGGCCCCGCCUCCAGCCUCCAGCCUCGUUCACAGUCUCGCCGGCGUGAAUCUCUUUGCCCCGGGCAUCCUCCUCCUGUUUUCCUUUAGGAUUUUCCAAUGCGUUUGCAACAGGAAUUAAACUUUUCAGAGAAACAAGAUUUGGCUGCCAGAAUCAUUCAGCAUGCCUGGAAAAGUUUCCUUGAUAUUGCUAUAUUCAAACACUUUAAAAAGAUGAUUAAUAUAAGAAGACAAGGGAAACCACAGCAAAUCAUCAGAUAUAUUAAUCCUAAAGAGGCUGAUUUUCUUGAUGCUGCUGCUGGCAUUAUUGUUCGAUUCAGAUUGGGUGGAGUUGACUUUCCUCCCAAUAUAUACUACAAAAUUUUCACCCACAGACAUAUUGAAGAUCUGUGUGCUAACAGUCCUAGAGAUUACACAAAGCUUCCACCGAAGUACACGUCUCAUAUCAGAAGUGAUUGUCCCCAGGAAGAUGACAGCAGUGGCUGGUAUCGUCGUGUAGAGAACAAUGGCUGGAGACUUGUUUCUGAUGAUUUUUGGAUGCCUACUGAAAAUACUGUGCUGGAAGACACAAAGGAACGCAAAUUCCACUUCUCUAAACUUCAGAGAAGGAAAGAUUUGGAAAAGAAAAGAAAAAUUAGAAAAGUAGAAUGGAUGAGGCAAAUGUACUACGCAGGAAAUCUGGAAGCUAAGUCAGCAAAUUAUGAAACGCUAGGUUUAAUUCAUACAGCAACAAAAGGGCUGAUACAAGCUAUUGAAGAUGAUGGAAUAGAUUCUGUGAUGGAAUGGGAAGUGGAUGAAGUGCUGAACUGGACAAAUGCAUUGAACUUUGAUGAGUAUAUUGCAAGCUGGAAGGAAAUUGCAACAAGCAACUCUUCAGCUAAUUUUAGAGGCUUCAGGUUUGAGCAAGCACAGGAUACAGUAUGUGACUAUGAAGAUGUACCAGAGAGUCACACGAGACUACCAGAUAAGCAAUCAUAUGAAAAUACUUAUGUAAAAUCAGAGUUUCCUAGACUCACACCUGAUUCUACUUAUGGACUGUAACUUUAACGUUCUCCUUUGCGUCUUUCAAGCCCAGCAUUUUUCAAUUAUAGCGAAGAGUUUAUUCCGCCUGCAGUGACCUGUGUAUUCUUGGCAUAGAACCUAGCUCAAUUAAAUAAGGAAGGUUGAGCAAAGAAAUGUGGAAUUUGACAGCGUGGUCAUGGGAAAUGUAGAAAGUAGCCCUGCUAUUCUGAGA